UGCACUUUCAAUUUUCACAAUUUCCUUCCUCAGCCAUACUUGUAGAAGCUAAGGGUUAAAAAAAAAAGGAACACACAUUGUUCUCCUAGAUUUCAAAACAUGGCUACACAAGCGAAGCAUGAGACAUUUUCGAUUGCUGCAACAAUAUGGCUGGCCUUGUGUAUUCUUACAAUGAUCUGCAAUGUCAGUUUAGCAGACAGAGUUUUGAAAGAAAAAGAAUUUGGAAAUGUUGUGGAAGAAGAAAGACGAGGAGUUCUAAAAGCUAUGAUGGAUUUCUUAUGGGAGAGUGGAAAGUCUUCCUAUGAACCUGUUUGGCCGGAGAUGAAAUUUGGUUGGAGAAUUGUUGUAGGAUCAAUCAUUGGAUUUUUGGGAGCAGCAUUGGGAAGUGUUGGAGGGGUAGGGGGUGGAGGAAUUUUUGUGCCUAUGCUCGCUUUGAUCAUUGGCUUUGACCCCAAGUCCUCUACGGCCAUUUCUAAGUGUAUGAUUAUGGGUGCAUCUAUGUCAACUGUAUACUACAAUCUGAGGCUUAGACACCCAACACUAGACAUGCCGCUUAUAGAUUAUGACCUGGCUUUGAUUUUCCAGCCUAUGCUAAUGCUCGGAAUAAGCAUCGGUGUUAUAUGCAAUGUCAUGUUUGCCGAUUGGAUGGUGACAGUUUUGCUUAUCAUCCUAUUCAUUGCUACAUCAACAAAAGCUAUAUUCAAAGGCGUAGAAACAUGGAAAAAGGAAACAAUGAUAAAAAAGGAAGCAUCUAAGCAGUUGGAAGUAGAACCAAAACCUGGUGAUGCUUCUGCCGAUGACUACAAACCACUACCAAGUGGUCCAGCUAAUCCACUAUUUGAAGAGGCCCCUAUUCUGAAAAACAUUUAUUGGAAAGAUUUAUCACUCCUUGCGUAUGUCUGGGUGGCUUUUUUCAUUGUUCAGAUUGUUAAGGAAUACAGCAGGACUUGCUCCAUCCAGUAUUGGGUUCUUAAUUUUUUGCAGGUUCCUAUUGCAAUCUCUGUUACACUUUUUGAAGCCAUAGGCUUAUACAAAGGAACAAGAGUGAUUGCUUCAAAGGGAAAGGAAAUUACAAAUUGGAAGAUUUAUCAAAUUUGUCUCUACUGUUCCUGUGGAAUGGCAGCGGGUAUGGUUGGUGGAUUGCUUGGUCUAGGAGGUGGCUUCAUUUUGGGGCCCUUGUUUCUAGAGUUGGGAAUUCCUCCUCAGGUAGCAAGUGCCACAUCAACUUUUGCCAUGGUAUUUUCAUCCUCCAUGUCAGUGGUGCAAUAUUACUUUCUGAAUCGCUUCCCAGUACCUUAUGCUGCUUAUUUUUUGUUGGUUGCUACCAUAGCUGCCUUCAUUGGCCAGCAUGUGGUGAGAAAGAUAAUUGCAAUUCUUGGACGAGCAUCAAUUAUCAUCUUCAUACUAGCAUUGACCAUUUUCAUAAGCGCAAUUAGUUUAGGUGGGGUGGGAAUAGAGAACAUGAUUGAGAAGAUGGAAAAUCAAGAGUAUAUGGGCUUUGAAGAUCUCUGCUCCCAAUCCUAGGUGUGUCUUGCAAGUAUUACUGAAUGGAAUAACAUUAUUCAAAUUGGUGAUAUUGUCACCAAUUUGUCCAUUUUAAUUCAAGCAAAGAAAAUAUUGUGAGCUAUAUCUUAUUUACCUUUAUUAUCUAUUCUCCAAUGGCUGGCUGCGUGGUAUUUUUGUCAUCUCAAAAUAUUGACGUGUAUUUUACAUUGGUUUAUGAGUGUAGACACACCAUGUUAAAUUGUUUAGUAAAGAAAAUUCGUAAGGAGUAAUGUACCACGAAAACGAAGCAGGGGGCAUCUUUAUCAAAUAAUUUAGACAGAGAAUGUGGCAGAUCAUGGACCAUGAAUGAUGAAAAACAAUUUUGUCUUGCAGAUUAUGGGUUUAUUAUACCCUGAUGAAAGGGAACACAUGUAG